UACUUUAUCGUCGAAAACCCUCUCAAAUUUUCCUUUUUACUGCUCGUAGCAGUACUUUUACUGCUCCUAGCAGUACUGCUACUGACAGUAGCAGUACUUUUACUGACAGUAGCAGUACUUUUACUGACAGUAGCAGUACUUUUUCUGACAGUAGCAGUACUUUUACUGACAGUAGCAGUACUUUUACUGACAGUAGCAAUGGUCGAGGUCGAACCUACCGACGAGGCAAUUUACCUAAUUGAAAUUAACGAGCUUGUUAAAGACUUCCUCAGGCAGAAUGUAAAAGGCAAGCUUGUUAACUGUUGGAUAACGGGAAGGGCUGCCUUGAAUCUCGAGACUUCGACUGGAAUUCCAAUUCAAAUACCAGACGGGACAGCCUACGACGACAUAAAGCAAGCAAAGAAAGAAGCUCUUCUCAAGUUCUUUGCAAAGCGUCCUUGGAUACAACUUCCAACCAGAGAGAACCCUUUCCCAAGAAUGAGCCAAAUUCUCAAGGGUCUCCUUCACUUCUCGGGUCAGCCGUUCUACAUAACCUGUGAAGGCGACAUCCAACCAGUUCAGUAA